AAUGGGGGGAGAAAAACGGUUUGGAGCCGAGAAGGAGACAGACUUGUUUACGUCACAGGAUAAACUACCUUUUUAACCUUUAUUUAUGUGAUGAAACAAUCAAGAUGCUCUGAUUUUCUUGCUUGACUUUAAGUUUUUUAAAUCUCCACAAAGUAUUGUACUUGGGUCGUCAUCAUGGGGAGCUUCAAGGGCCAUGCGCUACCUGGAAGUUUCUUCCUGCUGGGCGGACUCUGGUGGACGGCAAAGUUCUCGCUGUGGCACGCCACUCGUAAGAACAAGAACAUCGGCUCCACGCGGCUCACAAGCCGAGUGUCCCAGCGGCACCUGGAAGUCGUGGAAAGCACCAUCAUCCUCUUUUUCUCGUUAGCUGGGAUGCUAGCGGAGCAGUUCCUGGCGGAUGGGCCGUGCCUCAAGCUGUACGAUUUUGCAGAGAACCACUGGAAAGAUCUGAUGAACUGGCAGCACGCCACCAUGUAUCUCUUCUUUGGCCUGGCUGGAGCCGUGUCCCUGCUUGUCCACACCACGGAGGCCACGCCCCUCGCACUCGAUAGGCUCAUGAUGGCGCUUGCCUUCUUUAAUGAGGGGUUUCUCUUCCUCUACCACCUCCACGGCAGAACAAUGCUGGACGUCCACUUGCAUAUGCUCCUGCUCUAUGCCAUUUUUGGCGGGGCGGUGGUCUCCUUCCUGGAGGUCUUCCACAGAGGCAACAUCGUCCUGGAGUUGCUGCGCUGCGCCCUGACGCUGCUGCAGGGUAGCUGGUUCUGGCAGAUUGGCUUUGUGCUGUACCCCCCCAGUGGUUUCCAGUGGGACCCCAAGGACCACAGCAACGUGAUGUUCAUCACUAUGUGCUACUCCUGGCACCUCGCCAUCGCCAUGUUCAUUGUGGGCGGACUCUACUGUGUUGUCAGCUGCAUGGUUCGCUCCAGAUUAAAGAACACGCCGCCGGUGGAAAUGGGGCUGCUGAAGCGCCGGGACAAGGAGGGCGAGUCGGAAGACGAGGCAUUAUGAAGCGGAUGCUUGUUUGGCUACGUCUUUUCCAUCCAGGGGUUUCGGCUGUAUGGGCGGCGUGUGUCGGUGAGGUGCACCCCCCUCCCCAUGAAAACAGGGAAGAAAAGGGAUAAUUUAAAAGUGUGUCUCUACCUCAUCAGCUGCCUUUAGCCUGUACUCUCAGGGUCCAUCCCUACUUACUAAUACUUUGUUAAUUGUCCGCUAGCUACUAGCACAUACAGUAUUUUUUGGAGGUUCAUCCUUCUAAAGGCGAGGUCCAAUGGCACCACCUUGUGGUGACAUAAAUUACAACUGCCGUGCCAAAUUGGACCAAUUUUUAUAUCAAGUGCUUCGAUCGUCUUUGACGGAUGACUUGAGUAUUUGUCUGUAUUGUUUACGACGCUUCGUGCUUGUAUUUGUCUCACAGAAAAGAACAAUUAAUGUGUCUACAAAGUGUUCGGAUGAUUGACGCCCCCUGCUGGAUGUUGGAUUUAUUAGUCACAUGCACUUUACCAGCAGCUCAAGUUGUUUUGUUACAUUGAUAGCGCCAAUAAAGAUAAAUAUGUU